UCCAGUGAGAGCGAGCUGCUGCCUGUGCUUCGCUAUGUAUGGAGGGUGCAGCCUCUCUCUGCAGGAAGGAAACUCCCAUUCAAACCCAGCAAGAGAUGCUGCCCUGGGGCAGUGUCCCUCCCUAAGCGCCUCCAUUUGUGGCUGGUGGCAGCCAGGGCCAAAGCUUUGCUCUCAGCUCCAGCCUGGAGGCUGCAGGGCAUGUGAAAGCAGGGCCAUCCCUAGGCAGCUGCGUGCUGCAUAUGUGGCAGCACCAGCCCUGGCGACCAGCCCUAUACCCUGGCCGGCCUUCCCAUGGGCUGCACCCACUGCAAGGGGCAGGGCCAUCCCUAGGGGGGUAUGGGGCCCUGGACAACUCCCUCCGCCCCACUUCUUACCCUUUCCCCCUGCUCCGCCCCUGGCCCGGCCCCAUUCCACCUCUUCCCCCAGUGACCCCGCACUCACCAGCAGCAGCGGGAAGCGGAGCAACCUGGCCCCAGCCCGCUCUACUCUGCCAGCUCCCAGCUGCAUUGCUCCGCUUCCCGCUGCGGGUGAGUGCGGGGAGGUUGGGGAAAGGAUCGCCCCCCACAGUCACUGGCGGCGGGAAGUGGAGCGAUGCAGCCCUAGCCCACUCCACGUCCCUCACCCCGGCCCCAGCUGUGUCGCUGGGGGGAGGGGGGGAGUUAGGGAAAGGUUUCUUCCCCCCCACCCCCCAGACUCACCGGCAGCGGGAAGCAGAGCGCCGCGGCUGGGAGCUGGUGGAGUAGAGCGGGCUGGGGCCGGGCUGCUCCACUUCCCGUCGCUGCCGGUGAGUGGGGGAUCCCUUCCCUCAAGCGACAGGGCCGGGGCAAGGGAAGCGGAGCGGGCUGUUCCUGGCCCCCGAUUAUUUCUCUGGGCCUGUGGGCCCCCCAAAAGUGCCCCCCUCUGCUCCUGCCUCCCAGACCCCGGGGGGGAGGCCUGGGGCCCCACACAACCCCCCAUCCGGGGAGGGGGGUGUUGCGUAGGGCACCCAAAUGGCUAGGGAUGGCCCUGUGUGAAAGGGAGCUAUUCCCUCUCCUGUAUCUUGGCCCAGCCCAUUGCUGCUUCCUGUGUGAAUAGAUUUGGGCACUCUGGUCACAGCGGCUGCUUGUGCACUUGCCUUGUUCCUGGCCACUCAGCUCAGUGUGGUGCUGGGGCAGGACUCAGUAUUUCAGCACAGCUGCCCUAACAAAUUGGUGCUAAUGGUGGGAGCCUCCUCAACCUGCAAGGUACUGAUCCUGUGUGUGUGUGUGUAUGUGGGGGGCUCUGCCCAGGCCAGUUCCUCUCUCUCCGGUAGCCUCCUUGCAGUGCUGAGGUCCAAGCUGCUGCUUCCUCCCACCCCAUCUUCAUGCCCCAGCCACAGGGCCUCUCCUGUUGAUCGGGCUCCUGUACCUUGUCAGCACAGCUUGACUCCAAGCCUCCUGGGCUGCGUGGCCUCACUUGUGUGUCAUGACCUACCUGUGAGCUGCUGGGAGCAUGAAGCUGGCCUGGGUUGUGUCUGGUCCUUGAGCUGGUUAGUGUAGGUGGGUCUGAUCACCUCCAUCUCUCUACGAGAGGUGCUUCCUCUCCUGGCUCGAUCCAAAGGUCCCUGGUUGCCCUGCAACUGGCUGUCCCGAGCUGUUCAGGACAAAAAUUAAAACCACCUGAUUGCAGAAGCAGUUGGUGUGCUGGUCCCUGUAAGGCAAAAGCUAAUCUCCCUUUUGCCUUUCAUCACAUCAGGCUAGAAGCAAGGGCAAGGGAAUGCCCAUAGGCCCAGUCCAGGCCCUGGUCCUGAGGUGCCAUUUCCUUUGGAGUGUGACCCACAAGAGAAAUGGUGAGGGGAAUGUUGGGCAGCCAGGAGAGAAGGAGCAACCUGCUCUGAGGCUGCGUCUAUGGGGUAUCAGGCCUUUACCCUCCUCCUUGUAUCUGGCAGUACUGGCUCUUGGGGGGGGGCCCACUUUUCAGUGUCCCAACUCCAGCCUGUUCCUCUGCAGCUAACGUGUUUUUUCUGAGAUUUUCAAACUGAUGUAUAUUUUAAAACCAGAAAUAAACUAUUUUAAAAGUAA